CGUACGCGCUCCGUCCUGCGCUCCGGCUGCUUGCGUUUGGCGGAGAAGAUGGCGGCUCCGGGACCGGGGGAGUAUUUCAGCAUCGGGAGCCAUGUCGCCUGCCUCACCUGCCUGGGACAGCGCUUACAGGGAGAAGUCGUCGCUUUCGACUAUCAGACCAAGAUGCUGACUUUGAAAUGCCCCUCAUCCAGCGGGAAGUCCCACCUUAACGACGUCAUCCUGGUUAACUUAGCCUACGUGUCCAAAGUGGACACCAUCAACGAGCGCAGCGGGACUCCGCCCCCUUUAGCGUCUCUCAAUUUCAGCAAGCUCGCCAGCAGAGCUCGGGCGGAAAAGGAAGACAAGUUGUCGCAGGCGUAUGCGAUCAGCGCCGGAGUCUCGGUGGAGGGCCAGCAGCUGUUCCAGACCAUUCAUAAAACCAUCAAAGACUGCAAGUGGCAGGAGAAGAACAUCGUGGUGAUGGAUGAUGUCAUCAUCACGCCGCCGUACCGAGCAGACAACUGCAGAGGCAAAGAGGGCAGUGCGCUAGGACACGUACGCAAAAUUGUGGAGAAACACUUCCGUGACAUGGACCAGAAAUCUGUGCAGCGCUCACAAGCACAGCAAACACAGAAGGACUCGGUCUUGUCGGCGUGAGCGCCGCCAAACGCUAGAUUAUUAUUUUUUGUCUGUUUGUUUUGGGGUUUUGUUUUGUAAUCUGCCUCGAGGCUGAGGUCGAGGUAACCGCCUCCUUCGUCCCCACCGGCACGAGUGUUCUACACGUCUGCACGGAGAACAAAAAACAGAAAAACAGCCAAAACGACAGAUUAGCAGAAUUAGUUUUAGAAAUAUUUAAAUUAACAACAGAGCGUCUUUUCUCCCAGCAUCCCUUUUCUUCCUCUCCUGAAAUAAACGUCCUACCCUCACAUAUUUGCCAAGAAGAAUGAACAUCAGGUGAACACCAGGCUCUUGGUUCUUUUAUGCUUUUUUUGUUUUGUUUUGUUUUGUUUGAAGUGUCCGAACAAAAUCUGACUUGAAAGGUAUUGGAGAAAAGAAGGAAAGACUUCGCAGUUACCGGUGCUGAAAGUGUGUUUUUUUUAUUAUUAUUAUUAUUAUCAUUAUUAUUAUUAUUAUUAUUAUGAUGAUGAUGUAAGAGGAAACUGAAGUGACGCGAGCGAUGUUGAGCAUUUUUUCAGCCCUCCUCCGAUUUAUCUUGCAUGGAAAUUAAAAAUCCAGUGCAGAGGAUGUGAAGUAGUUCACUCCAGCCGAGAGCUGUCGAUUCACUGCAACAGUGUUUUUGCCGCGCGAGCUUUGGUGUGAACGAGUCAAGAUGGAGUUUUGUGGCAACGGAUACUGAAUCAUGCCUGCAGUUUAUUCACAUGCUUUCGCAUACGUUCUGUAGGUUAGAUAUACAGUCCGAGUGGCCACGAGCUACUUGUGAAACCAUGGCAACCGGCAGUAAACUAAAGGUGGCACCGCCCACUAGUGGUCAACGUAGAGUGACUUCAGCGAUGAUAAACAGACGGGUAAACACUUUAGAGCCGCAGAUGGUGCAGGAAGUGAUUUGCUUUGCCGCAGUGUGAAUGUACCACCUGACUGUGGUGUCCAAUCAGAGCCCAGUUUCUGAAACUCAUCAUUAUCUUAAAGGAAAUCUUCACCCUGAAACAAGCUUAUACUGAAAUGCCUGUGAUGUGUUUAGUGAUUCUGGGGCUAAUUUGUUGGUUGGUGCUGUAUUAUCAUUAUUCCUGUGAGACGUUAGCGGUUGCGUGUUACUCUGAUGUCACAGAAUGAUGAUGUCAUAGCUAGCGCAAUUAAAAUGACGUUUAAUAGGAGAAAAAAUAUCCAAGAUCUCAAACAGAAGGGAUAACGGUCAGGUUUCGCAGUUACCUCCUAAAUUCUUAUUAAUGAGAAAUCCAGUGUAGAAAUAGUGGAGAUGUUGAUGAGAAUGCUGGACUCAGAGUCCCAGAAUGCAAAGCAGCUACACGACUCGUCUCCUCUAGUUUGCGAAGCUUUGGAAGGCGAUCUGUUUGAGCAGAGUGUACAGAGGAGGAAGUGAGAGAGCUGGACAAACUAAAGCACUAAAGUGCCGCCGCAUCGCUCUCUUUAGGUAGAGAUGAUUCGACGGCUAAAUCCUGCUACAUCGUUAUCAGCAGGCAGUCCAAUGGAAUUGUGGGUAAUUUAGGAAAACCAUUAAUGAGAGUGAAAAUAGAGCAUCACAUCCAUGAUAGACGUUUGAAGUAAAAACCCAGAUAACAUGUUAAUUAUAAAGAUUAGCUUGAAAGUCGUUCAGGGUGGAUUUUUCCUUUUAUACCAUGUUUGUGUUGUGACUGUUUUGGGAAACUCCGCCCUGAUCCGCAGCGAGACGUUGUGCUUGAUUCCACUUGCAUUAUGGAAUCUGUGUGGAUCAGAUUGGACGCUCAAACGUUAGCCUAGAGUUUCUCAUAAAACUCGCCUAAACCAACCAAUCAGGAGCACCGAGUCCUUAGCACAGAUGUGUCAGGACUUUGUGUUGGCGUGUCCACACCUGGUUGGUUCGUGUUUUUUUUUUUUUUUUUUUUUAAUAUAUCAGGUGCUGGACACGAGUCAUUUCCUCAUCUCAGAAAAAAAAAUCUCUGAAUGCUUGUAACUUGGCACAGAAUUUCUGUCCUUGUGUUUGGCUGCUCAUGUGUCUAAACGAAGGAAGCGAAACUCUUCGAUAAGUUUACAGUGUAUGUGAAAACCCCAAGCUGGCAGUGGACACGGCUGGUGGAGAAAAGCUUAACAGCGUGAGGAGCCUCCUCCAUCUUGAUGAGAGCUCGUAUUACUGUUAUUAUUAUUAUUAUUAUUAAACACCUCAUUGUGAAGUGAACACCGUGUCUCUUCACUCCUGUACAGCAGAAAGCCUCAGCGAUGAAUUUUAACAGCAGC